AUGGCGCAAUGCGCGGCAGGUGUGAGAGCAUCGAAGGGGACACCCCGAGAAGCAGCAGCAACAGAAAAAUUCGCCUCAGCACUAUCCUGGGCGGCAGCAACAGCCACAGCCGCCACACCCACAGCAGUAGAAGCAGCAAUAGCAGCACUCGUCGCCAUAGUAACAGCAGUAACUUCAGCGCAGUCACCACCACCACCAUCACCAUCACCAUCACCGAUGGACACCUCAGAUGCAUCAGCAUCCACACCAAAACCAGUGGCACCAGCAAUGGCAGCCACCACCCCCACAGCAAUAGAAGCACCAGUAGCAACACCCUCACUAACAGAACUCUUCGACGCACUCCACGCAGCAGCAGAAGCCACCGCAGCAGCAACAACAUCCUCACCAGCAGCAGCAGCACCAGAACUCAUCUCAGCACUAUACAGAGCGACAAUAGCAGCCGCAGCAGCAACACCUUCACCAACAGAAGCAGCAGCAACUGCAGCACUCGUUGCAACAUUGAGCAGGCUACCUGUGUGA